UGCUGGGUCCACUUCACUCCACACCUCUGGAUUUCUCUAAUAUUUCUCGGAGGACAAAAGUCUUUCCAAAGAUUUUUUAGUUUCAGUGGAUUUGUUUUACAGCAGAUUUCAGGCUCCAGGGCCAUAAAGCGGACCUGGACAGACCAGGGCCGGACCGUUUAUGGACAUUGCAAUAAGUGCGUCGCGCGCAGUCGGCAAUCCUCGCUGUGCUGCGGAUGGGAACAUGCUGAUCGAUGUUAAAAAACAAGAUCGACUGCCCACCGAUGCCCGCUCUCUGCGCAGUUUGAUUGGGUGUGACUCUCCUCCUCAGGCCGUGUGUGAGGGCUGCACGCGUAUCAUCUCGGACCGCUUCCUGAUGCGGGUCAACGGCGCGUCUUGGCACGAGGAGUGCCUGCGGUGCGCCGCGUGCCAGCAGUCACUCACCGUCACCUGCUACUUCCGGGACAGCAAAGUGUACUGCAAACGCGACUACCAGAGAUUAUUUUCCACCAACUGCAGUGGUUGUCUGAAGAAAAUAGCUCCUACAGAGUUUGUAAUGCGAUCUCAGCAAAGUGUUUACCACCUCAGCUGCUUCUGCUGCAGUGUCUGUGAGCGCCGGCUGAGCAAAGGAGAUGAGUUUGUGGUGAAGGCUGGUCAACUGCUAUGUAAGCCAGACUAUGAGCAGGAGAGAGACCUGCUCAGCACAGUGAGCCCAGAAAACUCAGACUCAGAAAAAAGUGAGAAUGAGAUUUUGGAUGUAAAGUCGGAGAAAUUGCUUGCAGCAGAGAAAAGAAGCGAUGACAGCAAAGAUCCUCAUCGACCUAAAAGGCCGCGCACCAUCCUCACCACGAAGCAGAGACGGGCCUUUAAGGCAUCAUUUGACGUCUCCUCAAAGCCCUGCAGAAAGGUCAGAGAAACCCUGGCUGCAGAGACUGGGCUCAGCGUUCGCGUGGUCCAGGUCUGGUUCCAGAACCAAAGGGCAAAGAUAAAGAAGUUAGCCCGCAGACAGCAGCAACAACAGGAACAACACAAUAGUCAAAGACUGGGCCCAGAGGUAAUAUCUGGCUGUGUGGAUGACCUGCUCAGCACCUUCUCAGGACCUCUACCUUCAAGGCAGCCCCACCUGGUGACCAUGAAGCAUUGUGGGCACAACAUUGACUGCUUCCAGCAGGGCCUAACUCCACCUCAGAUGCCUGGAGAUCACAUGAAUCCCUACGGUAUGGAUUCCAUCUUCCAUGACAAUGGCAGCGACACCUCUAUGACAAGUUUAAGUGACUCCUUUAUGGCCUUUCAAAGUGGAAGCUUCUUACAGGCAGAAACAGGAAACCCAAUAUACAGCCUUUACUCCAUGCAGAGCUCCUACUUUGCCUCCUGAAACCUGGUCAUCGUUGCCUCCUGCUACCAAAAAAAUUGUUUUCCAAACCAUGGACAAAGGAGCAAAGUAAUAUAAAGAAAGUGUAUAUUUGAUUGACUAUAUUUUAAUUAGGAAUCUGGAUGCAGCAAAUAACUUUUCAAAUGUGUUACAUUUUCUUACGGUCACUAUGUGUUAAGAGGUCACAGAUCGAUGACAAGAUCAGAGAUUUUGUGAUUCAAAGCAUGUUUCAUGCUUUGUCUGGUUUAGAUAUUUAUAUUUAAAUGUAUUGUAUAAAAUGUAAUUCAAAAAUCGUUUUGCAUUUUAAACAGAGCAACAAGUACUUUUUUCUUAGCAACAUCCACUUUGAAUUUAUUGUCGAUCCAAUGUUGAUAUUUAUAUUUAAAAUGUUUUGUUGUGAAGUACAACAGAAACCCCAAACUCUGAUUUAUAUAAGUAUUUGAUAUGUUGUAAUGUUUGAGAAAACUAGUGUUGCUAUUUAUUUUAAAAUUUGUGUGACAAUGCAUUUAAAAGACUCAAAACAAAUGUUGGUACUUCAAAUAAACAAUGCAUUCACCUACA